CAUACAGCAAGACCAGAACAUGGUGGAUGGAUCAGCUAAUAGAAAAUCCCACAGAGAAGGAAAUGAAGCUUCAGAGAUACAUCCAGUCUUUACAUGAAGAACUACAAGUGGCUCAUCAGAACAAAGUAUCACUACAGGAGGCAUUGACUGAGGCCAAUAAACAAGCUAAAGUUGAUGAUAGCAAAACUGUAAAGAGUGAGAAAUUGGAAGAGGUGUUAAAAGCACAGGCACAGUUACAAGAAGAGAAACAGAUUAUUACUGAAGAUAAUGAGAAACUGAAAGCUAAAGUUGAUGAUUAUGAAGUAUAUAUAACUGAAAUAGAACAAGAGAAGAGAAAAGCAGAAGAAGAGAAGAAACUAAUUGAGGAAGAGAAGGAAAAAGUAGAGGAACAAUAUCUCAAGGAGAAACAGAUCACUAAAGAACUGAAAACUAAAGUUGCUGAUAAUGAAUUGUAUACUGCCAGACUAAUGAAGGAGAGGGAGCAAUGGAGUCAAAUCAAAGAGACUAGUACCAUUGGAUUACAAUUUAACUACCUGAUCCCUUCAAUGGGUAAGAGUAUUAUUGACUGAGUGAGUGAGUGUAUUUU